GCUACUAUUCCAUCAUAUUGUCUCAACAAAAUCUACUUACACACUAACGGCGCCGUUUCGCCUCCAUCAUGCGACACGACACGACACAGUUUCUCCUUCACUGAACGUUGCCGUUUUAAUAGCUCUGCGUCGUUCAACAUUCUCAAUAUGGGAAUUGGAGUCGCAUGUUUUAGUGGCUGUUGCGCCGGAACCACCGCAGGAAAAGUUAACACACGAUACGAUGUCGGAGUAGGACUUGUUCAAGAAAACCUCGGCCACUCUUUCUGCUACGUUCCUCCAGUUAUCACCGGGUCAAAAUCUUCUUUUCCGCCGGAACAACCCCUCCGACCCGACCCUAUACCUGGAACCACCACCACUUUCCGUUCAAUCUCCGGCGCCUCCGUUAGCGCUAAUACUUCGACGGCUCUCUCAGCUUCUCCGUCAACAGACACAUCUGGAUUAGCCUCCGCGUUCGAAAGCUCCAAUAGAUUCGCCUCCUUGCCUCUCCAGCCCCUGCCACGUGGUCCGAUUAAAAAACCGGUUCACGGCUCCGGUUUAUUCGAACGCCGGUUCUUGUCCGGUCCGAUCGAAAGCGGAUUGGUCUCAGGGAAGAAGAAGAAGAAAGAGAAAAGUGGAAGCAAAUCAUUUACGAAACCAAAACCUAAUAACAAAAAGUUUCUUACAUUCAAAAACGUUUUCACGAAUCUGUUUUCUAACAAUUUAUCUCGUUCUAAGAAGAGCGUGGUCGAACCAAUCAACAGCUCCGAUUCAUUCGACGGAUCAUCACACUCCGAUCAUGAGAGCAACUACUCAAGCACGAUUCAGAGCAGCCACGAGAACCCUAUAACUGAAAAAGGAGGAGUAGAAGAAGAAAAGACUGAGUCUGCUUCGGAGGAGCCAAAGAUACAAUGGGCGCAGGGGAAAGCAGGGGAAGAUCGAGUCCACGUCAUCCUCUCCGAAGAAAACGGUUGGCUUUUCGUCGGUAUUUACGACGGAUUCAGCGGUCCAGAUCCACCGGAUUAUCUUCUCAAGAAUCUCUACACCGCCGUGCUCAAAGAGCUCAAAGGGUUACUAUGGAUCGAUAAAGGUGAAUCCGAAUCCAAGAAUCUUGAAUCAUAUAGUGGCAACGCGAUUACAGUCGAGCAUGAUUCUGAUUCAGUACAAGAAAGAUGUCGUGUGAUGAAUGGGGACAAUGUUGAUUGCGGACCAAGAAACGUAACGAGUGACAUGAAGAAGUUGCAAUGGAAGUACGAGUGGGAGCAUAACACAAAGUCUAAUAAUGAUAUUAAAAUGAAUAAGAAGGAUUUGGAGAUGAUUAACCACAAAGACGUUCUAAGAGCUCUUCAACAAGCGUUGAAGAAAACAGAGGAAUCGUUUGAUCUGAUGGUUGAUGAGAAUCCUGAACUAGCAUUGAUGGGAUCUUGCGUUCUUGUGACAUUGAUGAAAGGAGAAGAUAUUUACGUGAUGAGCGUAGGAGAUAGCCGAGCGGUUCUUGCUCGAAGACCAGAUCAUGGGAAGAAGAAGAAGAUGCAAAAGGAGCUUGAGAGAAUCAAAGAAGAUAGUCCAUUAGAGACAUCUUUCACAACAGAAACAGGAAUGAGUCUUUUGGUUCCUGUUCAACUCAAUAAGGAACAUAGCACGAGCGUUGAAGAGGAAGUGAGAAGAAUCAAGAAGGAACAUCCUGAUGAUGCAUUGGCGAUAGAGAAUAAUAGAGUAAAAGGUUAUCUCAAGGUCACUCGUGCAUUUGGCGCUGCCUUUCUUAAACAGCCAAAAUGGAAUGAAGCGCUUCUAGAGAUGUUUAGAAUCAACUACGUGGGAACAUCGCCUUACAUCACUUGCUCUCCAUCGCUCCACCACCAUAGACUCUCAUCACGUGACAAGUUCUUAAUCCUAUCUUCUGACGGAUUAUACGAAUACUUUUCAAACGAGGAAGCAAUCUUCGAGGUUGACUCGUUCAUCUCAGCAUUCCCUGAAGGCGAUCCUGCUCAACAUCUCAUUCAAGAAGUCCUCCUUCGAGCUGCCAAGAAAUAUGGUAUGGACUUUCAUGAAUUGCUGGAGAUACCACAAGGAGAUCGUCGGAAGUAUCAUGACGAUGUUUCUGUGAUUGUGAUUUCACUUGAAGGAAGAAUUUGGAGAUCUUCCAUGUGAAUUACUAAUAUUUUGAAGAGAUUUACUAAAGUAGCUUAGAAUUUUGGGUUUUUUUUUUUGGCAUUCCACAAAGUUAAUUUCUAUCAUUUGCCCGUGCGCAUAUUUUAACAUUUAUGUUGAAUUUGUUUACCCAUUUUACCUUAGUGAAAAGUAAAAAACUAUACAGUGCAAUUAGUCAA